GCUUUGAAAAUGUCUGAAAACUCCAGUGACAGUGAUUCCUCUUGUGGCUGGACUGUCAUCAAUCAUGAGGGUUCUGACAUAGAGACAGUGACUUCAGAAAAUGGAAGCACAAAUGACAACCAUGAGUUUGUGUCAGAAGAAUAUGUGUCUUUGCAAGAAGAGGAGCAACCAGUUGAGCAACCAAUUGAUUUACAAGCUCAAUGUGACAGUGCUGGAGAUAUACCAGUGGUAGAUAAUAAUCUCUCUGCUUUUGAGGAAACUCAGACAGUUCCAGAGGAAACGAAAGAAAAAAUCCCUGAUGAUGUGUCUUGCAUUGGAACUAUUAGCGAUGAUUCUGACAUUGUUACACUUGAAGCUCCAAAGCCAGAGGAAACUCACAGCCAGGAGGAAGCUCCAGCUGAUGGUGAAGAAGCUCGAAGUUCAGAUGAUUUUAACAUGGGUUCUUCCUCUAGCAGUCAAUAUGCGUUUUCCCACCUAGAAACUGUUUUUUCAUCUCAGGCUAGCAAAGAUGAAUCAAGUAGUGAUGAAACUAGCAAUCAGUCCAGUCCCACAGUGCGAAAACGUCGGGCUAAGAAGAGGCUGAUCUCUAGCUCUGAGGCUGAGGGUGGAUCACCCCCUGAACCCGAGCCUGAACCUCCCAGAGAAGAGCAGCACCAGCGUCAGUUCAGUUCUGGCCUUAACAGGUGCAUCAUACUAGCUUUGGUGAUUGCCAUCAGCAUGGGCUUUGGACACUUCUAUGGUACAGUACAGAUCCAGAAACGUCAGCAGCUGGUGGCAAAGACACGUGAAUUAAAAGAUAUGAAAGAUGACCUUUACCAGUGCCAACAAGAGCAAGGAGAUAAAGUACAUCACAAAGUGGGGGUAGAUACGAAUUUAGCUGGAAGUAUUGCCACCUGUUUGACCUCUACUGAAGUGGAGAAGAAAUCUUUUGAAUCUCAAAAAAGAAGUCUUGCUGUAGAAAAUCAGCGCUUAAGAGAAUCUCUAGAGAAGGAAGAAAAAGCUUUGGCCUCACUUCAGGAAGAAUUAAGGAAGCUAAGACAACAAAUUAGACACCUAGAAGAUAAAGGUGCUAGCACUGAGUCUAUUGUAAUGGAAAAUCAGAAACUAAGGGAACAUUUGGAAGAGGAAAAGCAAAGAAACCACAACUUCCUUAGGCAAAAGGAAACACUCUUUGCAGAGGCACAGAUGCUAAGGAGAGAACUGGACAAAGAACGUCAUGUUACAGAAGCUCUAAAAAAGGAACUGGAAGAGUUAAGUUCUCGUCAAACACCUGACAAUGCUAAUGAUGAUGAUACAUUAAGAGAAAAUCAAGAUAUAGAAGCUUUGCAAGAAAGACUAGUAGAGCUAGAAAGAAAGCUAAACUUUGAGCAACAUCGCUCUGACUUAUGGGAGAAGCUGUAUGUUGAAGCAAAAGACCAAACUGAAAAACAAGAAAUUGAUGAAAAGGGACAAAAGAAAGGUGCUAAAGGGCAAAGUAAGACUAAAAAGAAAUCAAAGGAAUCAUUUUUUGGUUCAGUUAAAGAAACAUUUGAUGCUAUGAAAAAUUCCACGAAAGAGUUUGUAAGACACCAUAAAGAAAAGAUUAAGCAGGCUAAGGAAGCAGUGAAAGAAAACCUGAAGAAAUUCUCUGAUUCUGUAAAGUCUACAUUCAGACACUUUAAAGAUAGCACAAAAAGCAUCUUUGAUGAAAAGGACAAGUCAAAUGAUAGAAGACGUGAGGCAAACAAGAAAGCUCGAAGUUUUUACCGAGAACAGAACUCUUACGAGAAUCUGAAGCACAUGCAUUACAGGGGACCUAACAUGCCAAAAGCAUUCAAAGACGGAAGAAAACAUCAGUUUGCAACAUUUGAAAAAGAUACAGAUUCACAGAAACGUCUCAAUGAUCCUUUGUGUAAUAGAAAACAUCGUUUAGGCCUAAAGGGCUGCUCUGGUAUUUUUGAAUGUGCUCAUCAAGAAUUCAUUAGUCUCUUUAACAGAGUUUCAGAUCCUAUCAGGGUGGAUGAAUUUAAUCGGCUAAUGAAAAAGUAUUUGCAACAAGUUGUACAUAACUUCCACCACUGGAGAGAACUAGAAAAUUUCAUCAACAAGUUUUUUCAUAAUGGGUUGUUCAUACAUGACCGGAUGCUGUUCACUGAUUUUGUUAAUGAUAUCAAGGAUUACCUGGAAGAUAUGAAGGAAUACCAAAAUAAUAAUGAAAAGGUUUUUGAGGAUUUGGACAAAUAUAUCUACAGAUACUACUUUCAUUAUGAUAAUUCACCCCAAUAUGGACCCAGUCGACCUAAAAGGCCUUCUUUUACACAAACUGAAAGUUCCAGACAUGAAAAACAAGCUCAGAAGUACCACCACCGUAAUAAAAGAGAAGGUAAAUGGCAUAAACACGGUCGCACUAAUGGAAGACACAUGGCAAAUCUUGAAAUAGAAUUGGGGCAAUUACCCUUUGAUCCAAAGUAUUGAGUAAUUUAUGGUAAAAAUAAGAUUAGAAUUUCCAUCCUCUCUGGAACCUUAUUGAUUUUCCACAAAGCAGCAAGAUCCAAGUUUUUUCUCGAAAUAAUUUCAUUUUUACACAUUUUUGUUAAAAGGCUGAAGUCAAGCUUUCUGAUUUGCAUAUUCUGUACUGUUGCUUUAACUGUUCUUUGGAAGCGAUGAGUAUGGGUGCCAGCAGUAUUGUUGCAACAACUAGGCAUGCAAUGACUUGUGUAUUGAAAAAUACGCUUAAUUGCGUUCCCUUAGUGUAGUUCAAGCUUGAGUCAUGCAUAAUGUACCAAUAAUCAACUCCAAUGUUUGAUACACUAACUUCAUCUCAUCCUUGGAAAAAUAGGUCUACAUUAUGGUAAUGAAUUUGUUAGUGUUUUGUAAUCUUAUACUUGCUUCCUGUCUUUGGGGGGGUGUUCAAGAGCCUGUUACAUUGUGAAGAAUUUGCUGUGUUGCGUUCUCAUCAGCUUGCUGAUUUAAGCACUUGAAAUGUCUUGCAUAUCUGCAUAUUGUAGAAGCAAAAUAAAGAGACAUUGUGGGUAAAAGUCUUUAUUUAUAAAACAAACCUAGCAUAGCUGUACAGUUC